AAAGAAAUCCAGAGAAGGUGAGAAAAAGUGUGAGCUUCACACAGUUUUGACUUUGAGUGUGGUGUAGUUUUAUUGAAAUGGGUUGCUGCCAGUCCAGACCUGUGAAUGUUGGGCCAGCAGCAGAAACAUCAUCAUCAGGAGCAAAAAUGACCCCAAAAAAUACUGAAGAAGAAGAAGAACAAGGGCCUACAGUGAAAUUGAGGAGACAGGCCACAGAUAUAGAAAAGAAGAUGAAUGCUGGCCUACAGAGGAAACUGGCCAAUUUCAAGGACAUGAAGCAGGAUCUGGUCCAGCAACCUGCUCUUUUUGUGCUCAACAACCUUCUCUUGAGUGUGGAAUUCCUCAAUGAUUACACAAAAGACAGGCUUCAAAUCCUGGACAUACAGCAGCAAGAGGAAGAGGAAAUGACUAGUCAUCUGGUGUCAUGGGGAAGGGCAGCCUGGUCCAUGAGUGCUUUCCAGGAGAAGUUGACAGAGAAUGUGAGACUGGAAAAGAACAACCCCUUCUUGGGACCAGAGGACCGUGUAUAUGACCUCAAGGUCAUCACAGCACCAUCCCAAAAGAUCUCCUCAUCAUUAGGUGGAGAGUCCAUCAGUCAGCCCAUGUCAAGGGCAAUGUCCAUCAACAGCAUGGACUGCUUAGAUGAUGCCUCAAUAAACACUGACCAACAAUCAUUAACAGUGGAUGAUGGUGUGACCAACAGUACUGGCAGAGCAGGGUCAACUUACAGCAUCAAUGAUGAGUGGGGUGAUGCACUGGAUGCCUCCAGGCCAGAGAACAUCAGGUUGCCACACAAGUGCUUCAGGAAGGCACUCAUGCCACCCAACCCUGAGGAUGUCAUACCAGGUUACCAAAUGGCCAAGAAAGACCAAGAAUAUGCCCCUGUGCUGGCAUCCCAGCCCUUCUUCAACUACUUUGCAGACGACUCGUUCCCCAAGCUGAUGGACAAGCUGCAGGUGGAAACGGAAGAAGUCCACAGUCCGAAAAAGAUGUGCCCCGUCGUCAAAAUGUCCUUCACGCAAUCCGGCACUUUGGCAGAACUCACGUGUUGCCCCACGAUCCCAGUGGCAUUCUUGCCAAAUUCCUGCUUCGAGUGGAAAUUGAGAGAGAGGAAGCACAACUGGCCGAGUGCGGACUUUGUGGCCAGGGCGGGUUCUCUGGGUUGCAACCUGGUGCCCAUGAGGGUGCCCAAUAAGGUGCCAGGCAAGUCAAAGGUCGUGACUGCUUGGGAUAUUCAGUUCAGCAGGCUGGAACACCAACUGCUCUUACACCUGCCUUAUGCACACAUGAGGUGUUACAUAGUCUGCAACCUGCUGCACAAGGCCUUCCUCUCAGGAGUGGUCUCAGAAGGAAGUGAGUCCAUAUGGGCCCAUGUCCUCUUUUGGGUCAUGGAGAACCAUGGCAAGAAGUCCCAAACCAACAUGGGCUCACUGCUCAUCCACAUACUCAAAGAAAUCCACACAGGCCUGCAAUCCAAGUCACUGCCCCACUACUUCAUGAGAAAGAGGAAUCUACUCCAUGCCAUCCCAAAGGGGCGCCUAAAGAGUGAACCAACCAGUAGUAGUCCAGCAGGUGAUUCACCAGCAGUGGUUGAGGAUGAGGAGUUGGCCAGGUUGAAACAACUUGCUGACAGUGCCAAUAAUAAAGCAGAAGCAGCCAGGGUUGUAAGCAUGAAACCAACAGACCAAAAGAACCUUCCAGUGAGAACCAAGUCUAUCCAGACCAUGAACAGUGUCAGACUUGCCAGGGUGAUUCACCACUUUGCCAACCACUUCCUCAAGAUGGCACAACACUGUGCAGAAAUGCACAACAACCAACAGGCCCAGGUGUACCUUAGCCACACUGACAACCUGGCCCUCAUCAUGCUGGAAUUCUGCCCAACCCACACAGAAGAGGCCAAUGAGAUCAGAACUCAGGUCAAGGAAAUUGCUGCCAGACAACCCAGGAAAAUUAAAAUUGUGACUGACAGAAUGGACUCAGACCUUAUUCUUCUGAGCAGUGAGUUGUGAAUAACCAAAUGUGAUGAAACAUAUUGCAAACCCUUAUUAUAAUAAUAUCCUCCUCACAAUGGAACAAAAUAAAAGCAUGCAUUCUUUUCCAAUAAA